UAAAGAAUAUUUUAAUAUGAUUAACCGUUCUUGGACAAGGCAAAAGCGAAAGUAAAAGAACAGUUGAAAAUGGCCUGGAAACUGCAACAUUUCAGACUUUCAUCGAAAUGGUGUUUCUUAUUUAACAUAUCAAUGCUUCAAAACACACAGAAAAAGAUACUUGUUCAAAAUGGAUAUAUACCUUUUUUAAAGUUUUCAACUUUGGCACAUGUACAGCAAUAUUCACUUGGAUUCCCUUGCUCUGACAUGCAGACAAGAAAAAACAGAAAUGUAUUUACUGGGAUUUCUUUAUCUUCAAACUGUUUGUCCUUGCAUCAAAUACACCCCAGAGCUACCCUGGCCACUGAGAGUCAAGCUCGGCAAGGUUUUCAGGACUCAACUGAAUGUUUAAUUUUUGAUGUCAGUGAAAUUCUCAUUAACAAAUCCACUUUCAAAGAGGCCAAAGCCUUGGCAGUUAAACAGAAUGCUCGGUUGGUUUUUAUGAGUAAGAAUAAAGAUGGUGUACCAUGUUUUAAAUUACAACUCUUGCAGCAUUCUAAUCCUGCAGCCCAGUUUCUAGAGAAACAGGUAAAAACACAUACUGAUUCCGGCAGUAAGGUUUCUCAACAACCUUAUAGUAAAGGUUCAGAUGCGUCAUUGAAAGGGUCUCAAAAACAGGAGAAAAAACAGUCUACUACAAGUAAAAGUUAUCGAAAACCAAGUAAAAAACAGUCUGAAACUGCAUUAAAAGGUUCUCAAAAACAAGACAGAAUACUUAGUGAUCCAGCAUUGAUUGAUACUCAAGAACAGGAUAAAAAACAGUCUGAUCCAGCAUUGAGUGCUUCUGAACAACUGGAUAAAAAACAGUCGGAUCAUGUACUGAAAGUUUUUGAACAACCGGACAAACAGUCUGAUCCAGCAUUGAGUGCUUCUGAACAACUGGAUAAAAAAAAGUCGGAUCAUGUGAAAGUUUUUGAACAACCGGACAAGGAGUCUGGUGCUCCGAAACAAGCUGGACAGAAACCUAAAGAGGAUGCACCAAAAUUGUUUAGGAUUAAAUCUUCUAUAAAUGAACACGAUUUAGGCAUCAAAGUUAAAAAAGGUCACAACUUAUUGACCAAAGGACAGUCAGUGAAAUUUAUUGUUCAUAAUUCUGGGGAAGAAAAAAGCAAUUCUCCUGUAGCUAAUAAAAUUACAGAAGAGUUUAAGACUGAUUUCAAAAUCAAGCAAGAGGCUUAUGGAAGAGGUUCUCAAAUCACUGUAUAUCCCAUUCCUAAGGAAAAUCCGUAACAAUAUCACCUUUUAAAAAGAAUUUUUAAAAAUGUUCUAUAAUUGUAAUAAUACCUUUUCUGUAACAUUGUAUUUAAUAGUGAUAAUAACUUUUAUAUGACAUUGUAACUAAGAAUGUGUCUAUGCUGUGGAUUUUUUUUUAGAAUACAUUUAUGUGGUGAAUAUACAUUUUAAAUACUAUUAUCACAAUAAAGGUAAUUUUUCUGACAGUAAGAACAAGUUCUUCUUAGUGGUUGCUGACUGCUUAGAUGUUUUCUUUCUACUCAGCUUAAGACAGGUACCAUUUCCAUACAACUGGUAUGUUAUGUGAUUCAAAUUCAAACCUGUUAAUACCUGAUGAUACAGCUAAGGCUUUAGAUUACCACUUGUAGAGCUGAUACAGGCUGAUGGAUCAUAUGAUGUCAAUUCUGGAUGGCUGAUAAAAAUAUUAAAUCACACAGAAAACAAUGCCCAUGUUGCUGUCUUUAGGUUAUACAAGAUU